AUGGUUGCGCCUCAGAUAUUCCAGCUGUCAGUGGCACGCGCAUUUGAUGGCCUGAGUCCACACCAAAAGCUCUAUGCUCAUUACAUGGCCAAAGCAGCAUGGAGUGGCUCGCGUAUCAUCUUCCGACAGGUAUCUCCGGAGGCCAAUGGAAUUUUUGAUUUUAUUAUAGCCCUCUAUCACAGUUGUGAUGGUGACUGGGAGCACCUCGCUAGUCGGGCGAAUCUUGAUUUCCAGGACGUCCAACUUUUCCUCGACUACGCCGCAGCAUUUCUAUCUAAUAUGGGGAAUUACUACGGCUCGGGCGACCAGAAGUUUAUUCCUGAUAUUUCCAAGGCCAAGCUGGCACGGCUAGCUACUUGCACCUCCCCUAAUGCGGCCGCUCGUUGGGACCAGAUCCAAGAUGCAAUGUUUCAGAUACCACCACUCAGCUUGGGACUUCCAGCUCAAUUGACCCAGAGCACGUACUACCCGGGGAAUGAAGGCCCUUCUUUCCACGAAGAUACAGCCUUGGUUGCGGAGGUAAUGAAUGAGCUAUCAGUACUCCCGGAAAACACUAGACUGGAGAAAAGAGUGCUCUCUUCCGAAGAAGAAGUCUUCGAUAUCCUUCAAGCAUCCGUCAGGGAAGGCGAAUCCGUGUGCCAUACUGCCAACAGUUCCACCAUCCGAAGUGGCAAAACCGUUCGCCUUGUGAACGGGGAUCACAAAGAUGAGCUAGCACGCAUAAAUGCAUACUUGGAAAAGGCUUUCGACUAUGUUUCCAACAGUCCACAGCAUGACAUGAUACGGAAGCUCCAAGACAGUUUCCUCACCGGCAACCUCGAAACAUACAAAGAUUCUCAACGGAUUUGGGUGAAUGAUAAGGAGCCACCUGUCGAAACAGUCAUGGGGUUCAUUGAGCCGUACCGAGACCCCCUUGGAAUCCGGUCUGAAUUCGAGGGCAUUGUGGGCAUACCUGAUCCUGACGAAACGAGGGUGCUCAAGCAACUUUCGAAUGUGGCAGAAAGGUUUGUUUGCAGACUUCCAUGGGUAGAUGGGGAGAGUGGCAGCAAAGGAGCAUUUGAAAAAGAGGUCUUCGAGGCACCGGACUUUUCCAGCGUCCAGAGUCUGGCUUAUUGUUCAAGUAUUGUCUUUCCGGGGAUCAAUCUCCCCAACUACAACGACAUCCGCCAAGAGACAGGCUACAAGAACAUAAUUUUCUCCAAUCGUAUGGUAGCGGAAAGCCACCGCGCAAGAGGCCUGCACAUGGUUGACGAGUCCGAACAAGCGACAUUCAAGAAACAUCGCUCUCACGCAUAUUACAUCUGGGUUGUCCUUCACGAGAUCCUAGGCCACGGAACAGGAAGAUUUCUCUCCGAGUCUGAACCGGGCAAUUUCAAUUUCAACCCAGACAAUCCACCGUUGAACCCGAUUACCGGCGAACCGAUCAAAACUUGGUAUCGACCUGGCCAGACAUGGACUGGGGUAUUCCGUGAUCUCUCGACUACCGUGGACGAAUGCAGGGCGGAGCUCGUGGGAGCUUAUUUGAUUGACGACCAAGAGAUUUUGAAUUUGUUUGGGUAUACUCAGCAGGGGGAGGUUAAGCCUGAUGAUAUCAUCUACAACAUGUACCUCCAGCUAGGCACUGACGGGCUUCGAGGGUUGGAGAAUUAUGAUCCUGCUACAAAGAAAUGGGGCCAAGCCCACAGCCGUGCCCACUAUGCCAUUUUACGCCAUCUUCUUCGUGAUACCAAGGACCUCUACACCAUCUUCUGUGAUCCCCAAGCCGGAAAAUUGACAGUCAAGGUCGAUAGAACCCGCGUUAUUCAACAAGGAAAACCUUCUCUUGGUCGCAUGCUGUUGAAGCUACACGUUUAUCGCUGCACCGCGGAUAGUAAUGGUUGCCGUGAGUUUUACGAAGACCUCUCUACAGUGGACGACGAUGCUCUGGGGUGGAGAAAUAUCAUCAUCGCCAAGAAAGACCCGCCUGUGGCAUUCUCGCAUGCAAACACGCAUCUCGAUGGCGAUACUGUCAACAUACGCGAAUACGAGCCAACGGCCAAGGGCAUCAUCCAAAGCUGGGCCGAGCGUGGGAUCGAUUUAGAUGUGGCUUAG